UGACUCAAUAUACCCGCGCAUUCUUUACACCGUGCAGGUUCACACCCGCUAUGUUCUUCGACGAUCAUCGUUAAGCAAGCAGCAGGCGGAGGCUAAAAAACUGGCAGCUGAAUUGCGGAAGGAAAAGCAAUUGGCAAUUGAAACUCGCCUCCGGAUUAGGCAAGAAAUGGCAGAAGAAAGAGCACUUAAGAGGGCCCAGAAAGGAGGUGUACACGAGUUGCAACCGAGCGACAAGUUAACAACUGCUGCCGCAAUGGAUACCAAUCUGCCUGUUUCCGAAUCUGACGCCUCGAAAAUUAAAAUUCGAUUUGACCGAGCUACUGCAACUCAGGGAGAUCUAGAAAACUUUGUUCAGGAUAUUCUCGUGGGUAUUUCGACGGGUGAACACGAACAAUUAUCGUUGAGCCUUCCCUGCAUUCACCUAUUCACAUUGGAGCCGCCUCGACGUCAAUUGAACAGUGAAUCCACAAGGAACACUCUUUUGGUUGACCUCGGUAUCGUCCAAAAUACUCGUGUAGUCGUGUCACAUGAUCCAGCCGGAUGUUCCGCAUCUCACGUGUCGGCACCAGCUGUUGGGGCUCCGUCUUUGCCCUCGCCGCCGCCAGACCUUCUACCCUCACUCCCGCCAUUGCCACCACCUCCACCCCCACCACCGCCACCACCCCAACACUUGAACUCAGAACCGAAUUCUCGAGCUCCACCUAGGAUUUUCCGUCCUCCAGGCAGUUCUGGUUCAGCUGCAAUCUGGCGCGCUUUGCGGCCAUUGCCACCGGUAGCUAUUCCUAUGGAGAGACCGGAUUAUCGCCGAGCCAUUCCAAGUCUCUGUCGUCUCUGUCUCAGGACAGUGAUUAAUUUGGUGAAGGCUGUAACAGAAGGUGGAAGUCGAUUUGAUAUUCAUUCCAGAUUGGAUAAAUUACCAGAAUUACGGGAUCCCGGGGCAAUAGCAGGUCUUUAUUACCUCACUUCUGGAGUCUUUCUUCUACCUGAAAAUCUUGGUGCCGAAAUUUUGACGAAACUUUGCUCUGAUCUCGCUUUCAAUGUGGCCUCUGCCAAUUUACUGAAAAACUUCAUUUGUAACCUCGACCUUAAGCAUUAUGGCCUAGUCUCGAGUGAAUUGGUGAUAACCCUCGCCAGAAAUUGGACCUGUUUGACAAGUUUGGAUUUGGGUGGCCACCUUAGCCACAUCAACCCCUAUGCCAUUCAAGAAAUAGGCAAAUUGAAAAACCUUCGAGUUCUGGGUUUAGACGGAUCCAAUAGUGUUGACAACAACACAAUUGAUGCUAUUGCAGUACUCCCUAAUUUGGAAGUCUUGGGAAUUUCGCAAACAAACGUUACCAACGAUGGUUGGCAGCAGCUUGUGUAUCGAUAUGAAUCUGAGGGUCAAAUGGUCGCUCCACUGCGAUCUCUAUCCGUUUCUGACACCUAUUUACACGAUGUCGGCCUUUGUGCUAUCGUUAGACUCUUUCCACGACUGGUAAAACUCGACAUAGAUGGAACCAAGGUCAAUGGCAUCGCACCAGUUGUAUGCCGAGUAACCCCAUUAGCACAUCUUCGAUGCCUCAACGCGAAUGCCUCAAGUCUACUCUGUCUUCCUCCCUGCCUCCUUCCACCACUCACGGAUGUCGAUAAAGGUCUAACUAGGAUUGAUCUCCGCCAUUGCUUCGACCUUCGAAUAGAAAAGGUUUUAAGUCAAUUGUCGGGUCAGCCAAUCGCCUACCUCAAUGGCUUUUUUAGCCAUGAAAGAAUGUCUUUUCAGUGUCUUCACUCCCUCGCCGAUUUGCACCUUCCUCUUGCAGAGGUGGACUUAACUGCGAUCAAUAGACAUAAAGCACUUUCAAUGUUGAGUCUUUGUCGGCUUUUGCAAGACUUCACUACCCCUCAUCUUUCCAAUCUCUUUCUACCAAGAGGGCCCAUUACUGUUGCUGAAGAGGGCUCUCUUGACCAGUUGGUCGAGUGCUUGGCUUCAAUGAAGAGUGUAAACUACCUGGAUUUUGGCGAUCAGGCGGAACUUUUAACGCCGAAUCAGAUCUUUACGUUGGUCGGGCUUAUGCCUUCACUUGGAUGUGUGGUGGCUCGAAAUCUAACAGCGGAACAGGAGAAUUGGGUCCAGAGGGGCUUGCCGGCGCAUUGCCGUCUGAGGGUUCAGAGGCACGCAGUUACUGGCGAUGAAAGCAGUAACUCCAACAGCAACAACAAUUCGUUCCUGCAACCGGCGGCAUUACCUUAA